AUGAUAUUGGGCCACUCUGUAGACCCCCUGUCCCAGCUCUCCACAGCUCUCAUAAAGGUCAAACACAAGCGUCAGAGCUUUGAUGAUGAUCUGGUCAUGCUCUACAGACAUCACGAUUCAGCCACAUUUGCCAUGCACAUACAAGGCUGUGUAUCGGCUGAGUUUCAAGAUGACUCAUCUGAGAACAAGCAGAGGCAGCACGCUGUGCAGCGGGCUCUGUGGGGACACACAUCUCUGCGCUCCAAGGUCUACACACACCUGUCGUCCUUCCUGCCCUGCAGCAGAGACACACUCCUCAAACGUGUGAAGAAACUGUUCCUCGCACACACGGAGGAAUGCUCUGAUGUGGAGAACCGCAUGCAGAAACUGAAGGAGGCCAUCUGCAGAGCCAUGCCCGAGCAGAUUGCAAGUUUCAAUGAAAGCUGUCAAGUAUAUGAGCAAGCCAGGACUUCAAAGGCAGCGGAGGAGAAAGAAAGUAAACAGAAGGAGAAUGUUGGUCCAGAGGACAACAUGGAGGAGAAAGGCGGGAAAAGAGGAAGUCCAAAGAAGCUGUUCAAAUGGAACGAAGAGAUAAGGGAGUGCCUGUGUCACGUGUUAACCGUGAACAUGGAGAGGUAUAAAAGACAGAAAAGUGGUCAGGAGCUGGAGGAAUAUCUGAAGACCUUUUUAGACAAUGAGGUCAAACUGCUGUGGCCAAAGGGGUGGAUGCAAUCCAGGGUGCUGUUAAAGGAGAGCAGGGAGAUGUUGAGCCUCUUUGCACCAUUACCAGUGAAGAGGGUCCGGCCUGAGAAGAAGCAGACGCCUCUCAUUUCUCCUCUCGCUACUUCGGAUAACUUAAGCUUCCUCCAGGAGUCUCCCCUGCUGAGAGGACCGCCUCACGACUCAGACGAUGUCAUUAUCGUGAGUUUAAAUCCCUCCAAUCCAGUUUCCCUUAGUUCUGAGAAUAAGGAAACCUUGCUGAAGGUGGCGGGUCAAACAGGAAGGGUUUCAGUGGAUUCUGCCUCCUCUACACCUGCUGACAAACCCCCGAUAAGCGCCAGGUCUGCUCAGACUCAGUCCCUCCUGGAGCUCCUCGCAGAGCAGGCGCUGGCUCGUGUGCAGCCGAUCCCCCAGGAGCUCCUGGAAGCAGCCGUGGCUAAAUACAAGCGUUCAUUCCAUCACUGGAUCCUGGGGUCGGACACCAGAAGUCCUCCGUUCCCUCCUCCGCCCCCUCAUUCCAGCCCGGUGGGUUUCCCGGUGUGCCGAGUCGUUGUGCCUCGGCAGGUCAGAGACGUCGCCCGGCUCUCUGAUGCUGGACAAGUGCAGAUCAUCUCAGACGACGAUGACGUUAUGCUACAAUGACAACUCCCGGUGCAGAUUUACACGCUGUGGGAGCCGUUUCUUGACUGGACACAUGUUGAGAUUAUAACAAACACAGGAGUUACGACACCAAAAUCAGCUGUGCAAAUGAGUUUCUUAUCAAAAGUCAAUUGGCUAAUGAAUAUUACUUUUAGUCUACAGCUACAAGUUGAGUUUUUUUUUUUUUCAAGUGGAAAUGUGCUCAACAUUUUCACUUGUUUUGCAUUUCAUCUGAGUUGGGAAGUAACCAAAGAAAUGCUAGUUUUUGUUUUACCUAUGAAAGGAGAAAUGGCACUUAUACCAAUUUAGAAAUGAGCAGACUGUUUCUGAUAACACCUUGUGGUUAACUGUGCAAUGACACUUUAAUCAACUUGUAUUUGAGAGGCUUUGUUUAUAAUGUAUGAUUUAAUUUGAAUGAAUAAAUAAUUAAAAAUGAACAUGUUGUGCAGCCAUUUGAU